CACGCUUGCCAGUGUGUCCCUGACCAUUGUGCUGAGUGGAUCUUACUGCCCUUAUCCUUCUCGUGGAUUUUAUGAAAAGGUUCUAGAGCGUUAUUGUGAAAAAAGUGCUCGUACAGCGGUAGUGGUUACUCAAUAUGAAAAAUGGCAAACUUCAAAGUAUCUUCUGAUGUCGACGCUGGAGACUAAAUGGAGCUUGCUAGUCCCUUGUGCUCCUGCUUCCCGUAACAGGCCCUGUCUUCCUUUCCAAAGGGCAAACAUAACCCGGCAGCGCCACGAUGUUUCCCAGCCAUUCGUCCCCAAUGCAGUGGGCGCCAAGAAGUGAUGUAGCUCCUUCUGCCGGAGCGCUCAGCCGGAGGGGCGUUCCGCCAUUGCCCUCCGGACAGGAGAGCCGAUGGAUUACACCUAGCGGCCUUCCCUCCCAGUCGUAUCAACAGAUUCGUGAGAAGCACAAGGUAACUCCACGUCCCACGGGGUACCCUGUGCCGCACGUUUCGCCUGGUGUUCCACCGCCGAUAGAUCCUCGGAAGAAAGUUGUAAUAGGGAGACUUGCUAUGCCACAAGAUUCUGACGUCCAUUUCCUCGGAUGUAAACGGAACCUGUCUCAUAAGGUUCCCCAAUCUGCAAGCACAAGUAUGCAAUCUCGCACCGGAGUCAAAGUACAAGAAGAAAUUAGGCAGUUUAUUGGAGUGAUGCAACAGUAUACACACAAUAUGCAAGUUCCGCAUCGUUCCCACACUGAUCGACCAACCUACCAAAGCCAGAAUUGCGGGCAGUCUAUGGAAAGAAGACACAAUAUCUUGCAAUCUCAGAAUCAACACAACCCCGGCCUCCCUUGGCAUCAGUCCCCUGAGAAUUCUCAACGUGACAUGAAUCAGCUUGGAGCCAAAGCCUCAAGUGCCUCCCUAGGAAGUGGUUGCAUGAGAAUGCCUCCUGAAAGUUCUAGUAUUCCCUUCAAAAUUCCAACUCUAGGAAGAGACCACAGAACCGUUUACAAUAGCUCAAGUCAACAAAUUUCUGUAACAAAUGUUAUCGAAUCAACCUCUCGUGUAGAUUUUAUAACAAGUUCUGAAAUUAUAACCUCACCAGUAACCUCGCCAGACGCUUUAUACAGCAGGCAGAGUGUGUCAAGUGCUGUAAGUGUUCAUCCUACUCAUCUAAACAAUAACUCUUAUCAGCAACCCUCAGGGAAUACUCAACCAGAUGCUCAUGAGUCUAGUGAGCCAGUAACUGAUUUACGCACUGCCCCAAAUGAUCAAGCUCAUUUUAAGCCUCCGUCCUGGUCCUCUGAAGCCCAAGCCAUAAGAGACCCUACGGUUUCUUCUACAAGAAAAAGUCCUGUUUCGAAUCAACAUGAAUCUCCUACUAUUAACGAGAAAACUGACAUAACAGAAAAUGUUGACGUAAGAAAAAACAGUGAUAAUGUACCAACCGUCAGCUUGUUGAAACCUCCAAAGCGAAUGUUUUCCAGGAAAGGGAAGUGCUUGUCCGGCCUCUUUCGAAAGGCCCCUCAAGGUUUUCCACAUGUCUCUUUUGAGUUUGACAUAUAUUGCUUUUUGUGCUGCAGAAUGGCGGCAGGGAACAACGUGUAUGAGCACAUGUUUUUCGGGAACUUGAAAUGCAUAGAGUGUGAUCAUGUAGUUAGGUCGUGCGAAGACUUUAAAAUUGUCAGACACAGCAAUGUGGAGUGUGGUGUCAGUAAACGGAAACACAGACUUGCCUCUUGGGCCGAUUGCCCCGUGGAAUUCUUAGUGUAUAGUGUGAAACAAUCCUUAGUACCUAAUAGACUAGAGGACUGUAGCCUUCCGUCAACUUCUGACGUUACAACUGAAUUGAGGAACUACAUGGAGAAGCUAUCACUACUUCGAUUUUACAAGCCAUGGAAAACUGCUUUCAGGAGAUGCUCCGAAUAUGUAAAAAGUAUGAACAGGACAGAGAUAGACAGUGUUCUCCCAGAAGAUACGCAGGAAGUAAUUAAGAGGGAAGGGGUGGAUAAUGUUACUCCGGGGGAUACAGAGGAAGAAAUCGUUAAGGAAAAGGUUAACAAUGUUAUUCUAGGGGAUGCACAGGAGGAAAUUAAUAUGGCAAAUGUUAGAGGUGUUUUCCCAAGGGAGACGCUGGCAGAAAUUAAUAGAGAAGAGAUAAACAGCAAUAUUCAAAAGGACACACAAGAGGAAAUAAAUAGGCAAGAGAUUAGCAUGGACAAGGGUAGAACCACGUGUUAUGAUCUCAUCAGUAGUCAGAGUGAAAGACAAGAGGAACCACAAAUAGAAGGAAUACGCAUUAAUGAAGCACUGGAUCAAUAUCAGGAACAUUCUCAGAUAUCGACCAACGACACAGUAAUUGGUCAUCAUUCAACAAGCGACAGAGUAAUCAUCGGUGUCAGGCAAGAAGCACGAGAGGGUACAUUCAAUUUCCAAAUGUUCGAAAACGUUUUGCAGGACGGUGAUAAAGAUGCUCACGAUAACGAUACCUCGCAAGUCUCCAAUGACCACUUUAAAGAUGGUGAUACCACUGGUACUUACACUCAGGAUCCAGUAAUAGAUACACAGCAACAACCCACCUUAUGGGAACCUGAUGAUGACGACACCCACGCAAACAUGGUUGAGGAAACUGAAACAUGCGAAAGCUUUCAGGAUGAAAUCUCCAACCGUAUUUCAGAAAAUCAAGCAUAUGAAAAAAGCUUUGAACUUUCAGAAAGACUUUCAACAAGAUCUCCAGAGCCAGAGGAUAACCAAGUGGUUUAUUAUUAUCCCAGUGAAACUCCCCCUGAGGAGUGUCCUAUGUGUUACUACACUCUUUGUGCCACAAUGUUUACACUGAACAUGACCAACUUCAGAGUGUCCACUGAAUGUCCCGACUGCAGUUUGAAAAUUUGCAUUGUAUUCAAAGAUUUUGCGAGUUCAAAAAAGCCGAAAAGGUUCAGAUAUAGUCUGUGACUUUUUUUUUUUUCAAAUAUUGUUAUAAACAGGAUUUCAUACAAACACAUCUGUGAUAAGUUUAUAAUAUAUUUUUGCAUUGCAUUAUUUAGAAGAGGCUACUAAUUUCUUUGUGAUUAAUAACAUGUGUAAAUAAAAUAGUUAUGAAUGU